AUCGUCAUCAGUCUGGCUAGAACCAUAGUGAAGUGCGUGCUAUACAUACGUUGAGGAUUUACAUGAGUGCUUCAAUAUGAGAUAACUGGAUACAAUCCCCAUGUGCACGUUGGAGCAAGAUGGUGAGAGAGACUCGGCAUCUCUGGGUAGGAAAUUUACCCGAGAACAUAAGCGAAGAGCGGAUUAAGGAACAUUUCAAACGUUAUGGCCCCGUGCAGAGUGUUAAGGUGCUGGCGGGGGGCGGAGUGGGCGGCGAGGAAGGGAGUGCAGGUAUAUGCGCCACCGUGGCCUUCGUGGAUAUCUGCUCGGCAGCUAAGGCCCAUAAAGCUGAUAAUCGGUUGGAGGACCGCUGCCUCAAGACUACUUACCACGAGGCCUCCCUGAGUGCCCUCUCCUCGCCCCAAUAUACCCCACCCAUUCACCUACAUAGGGAACCGCCCUCCCACCAGUACACGCCCACGCCACCACCCGCGCCCAAUUCUAACAACCCUGCCCUAGCCGCCCGCAGUCCCAGAUUCUCUGGGUUGUCUGAGGACCACAGUGGGUAUGAACGCUCUAGUCAUUUUUACGAAGGUAGACGAGAUGAAAGUUUAGGGUAUAAUGGACCUGGAGUUGGGCCUCCAGGAAUGCGUCGAGUUUACCCAAAUGACCGUGAUCAAGACUUCACUAGUAGAGGUCGGUUACGAUUAUAUUCAAGAGGGCCCUAUGGUAGUGGACGACCAGACCAGGGAGACUAUCGAUGGGGAAAUACCCAGUAUCGGUAUCCACACCAAGACCCUUAUGUUGAAGAAAAGGUGGUGGUACGGAGAGGGGUUGUGCCACCUGCCCCCGCUUCACCUCCCCUCCAACGCUCUGCUGCUCCUCGGCCCUCAAGAAUACCUGCUGGCAGUGGUAAUAUGGGCAAGAGGCGACAUGCCAGUAGAUCUGGUUCGGAAUCCCGGUCGUCAAGUAGAAGCAGCAGUAGUAGCAGCAGCAGCAGCAGUAGUAGCCGCUCUACCUCCAGCAGUUCACGGACACCAUCUCCUGGAAGAGUGACUGCUGCAGGUAUCUCAAGCACAGGAAUGUUGGCUACUGUUGGGGGACUUGGUUCCCCGCAGGAAGAAAAGAGACCAGUAGCCAUCUGUGUGAGAAAUUUACCACCUUGGUCAACUGAAACUUCUUUACGGGAAGGGUUAUUCCAUGACUACAAGAAACAUGGGAAGGUAAUGGCUGUGCGCUUGCUGGGCUCUGGCAAUGACCGCUUUGCUGUUGUCUGCUUUAAGAAGCCAGAAGAUGCCGAAAAAGCUCUUGAUGCCUCACGUGAAAAGCUUUUUUUUGGUGUAAAGAUUCAGGUGGCACCACAUGAGGGUGUUGAACUGGAUGAGAGUGAAUGUAGAGCAUAUGACGUAGAAGUUGAUGAGUAUCACCCGAGGGCCACUCGAACCUUGUUCAUUGGAAAUCUAGAAAAGGAUGUGACCAUAGAAGAUCUUAAGAAGCAUUUUGAGCAGUUUGGUGAUAUCAUUGAAAUUGACAUAAAAAAGCAGAGUGUGUCAACCUUUGCAUUCUGCCAGUAUUCUGAUAUUAGAUCAGUGGUGAGAGCAAUGAGGCAGAUGGACGGGGAACAUCUUGGGGCCAACAGGAUUAAAUUGGGAUUUGGAAAAUCUAUGCCAACCCGGUGUGUUUGGAUUGAUGGUGUGCCAGAAAAUCUUUCUGAACAACAACUCUAUGAACAGUUCUCACGUUUUGGGCCUGUGGCACACACCAUAAUUGAUAGAGAAAAAGGACAUGCAUUGAUAUUUUAUGAAGCUGAAAAAUGUGCAUCAAAUGCAGUCAUAGAGAUGCGUGGUAGAGUUCUCAAUGGCAGAAAAAUUCAAAUUGACUUUGCUUCAAGAGAGUGCCAGGUUGCUUUUUUUGACCACCUUUCUAAGCAAGGCCACCCACUACCAGCAGAAAGACCAUGGGAAAGAAGAGAAUUGGACAAAGAACCUGGGCGGUAUGAGGGAACGGCCAACAGAUAUAACAGCAGAUAUGAACGUGCCAGGAGAGAAAGUGCUGCUUUUCCUGCAAGGCCAGCAACCAAUAAUCGCACAUCCACCUACAAUUCCUCUGGUAACAGAAGUAGAGGGAGAUAUGAUAAUUAUGAUGAAUUUGCACCAGGGCGAAGUUAUGAUGAAUACAGUCAAGGCAGUGGAGCAUCAUAUGAAGAUUCAUAUGAGCGAGAGCUCCGCGAAUAUGCUGGGAGUCAGCGGUAUGGUGAUGGGGUUGGCACUGCUGCAAAUAAUGCAACUGCUGCAGGCAGCUGUCGGCGUCAUAGUUUCAGCCCUGCUCGCCGACGGGAUGAUCGCUCACCGGGAUCACAACGGGCACACUCUAGAGACAGGAGCAGUUUAAGCCCUUCUGCAAGAACUCAGUAUGAGGAAAAUGAAACUGGAGUUCGCCGCACUGCACGAAGGUCAACCAGUGAUCAUGACAGUUUUCACAGUCAGUCUCCUCCUGGCUCUCGUGCUGCCUCUCCCCCUCCACCACCAAGGCCAGCAAAAUCUGGGUCUGGGUCAUCUCGUCUAGCUCCUCCUCCUAGAUCACCAGGGACUCCAGUUGCUGCUUCACCAUCCAGAGAAGUAACCCUCCUAGAUGAUCGCUCCCUUCCUGCCCCUGGUGACUACAGGCGACGUACUAGUGACCUGAAAGACCUUGUUGUAAGGGUCAGUGAUGUAAGGCGACCACCACCAGCUCCCCCAGAAUCACCCCAUCGGACAGGGCCUCACAGAAUACAUCGUUCUUCACACACAGAAGAUGGAGAAGAUGUAGUGAGUAGCAGUAGUGGGGGAGGUGGUGGACCACAAGACCCAAGACUGAUGCACAGACGAGGUGCUGAUGAUCCACCUUCAUCUGGGGAUGAGCGUCCUCCAGACCCUGAACGCCCUCACAAGAAGGCACGUUACAGUGAGGCAAACUAUGAAAAAUCAAUCAGUGUAAAAAGAAUGGCAGACAGCAGUGAUGCUGUUCCAAACUUUAGGAGGCCUCAUGAUGCAAGAAGGGAAGGGAGAUUGCUCAGGAGGAGUGGAGACCCUUUACUACCGCCACCUCGUCAUUCUGAAGAAGGGCUCCAUGAUCCACGCUACCGCAGAGCAUCUUUGCCUGACUCUGAUGAUAUACACUGGCGCCGUGAUGCCGUUCAUGUGUCUUCCUCGUGUGAUGCAGCUGCUGAUCACAGUGAUGCCAGCCCUCCAGGCACGCCUGUUCGUGACGAGAGGGAUGACUCCACAGAACCUCCACGUCACACCAUGCAUCACCAUCACCAUCACCACAAUCAUCACCAUCACCAUCACCGAGAACGGUAUCAGAGUGUACCACUGUCUUUACCAUUGCCAAGGUUUGCACAACAAGUCCGUGCUCAUCUUUCACCACGUGCAGCAUCAACAUCACCAAAAGGUGCAAACAUGUUGCGUUCACCUCCUUUUAGUGGCGGGAACAGUGCAGUUCGAAGUGAUGUUCGUGAAGUGGGUGGUGUUGUUCUGGACACUCCGAUGUCACCAGGACCAAGAGACAGUCCCUCAGACUCGGAGGAAUCUCCACAUUCUCCGUGUAGCCCUUCUAUAGAUCUGGAGCAGAGAAUUCGUGCUUUAGAUGAGAAAUAUGAAAAAUGGUCUGGGUCUUCAAGGGUGGUGGGGAACAAUUUAUCAGCACCUGUAAAUGAAGCUGUAAAUGACAGUGGAAGUAGUUCAGGUGGUAGUGGUGGGAAAAAUGCAAGAUUGCCACGUAUACUUGAUCUUGAUGAGUUGCGGUCACAGCCGUCCGAUAUUGUGAAGUCCCUGCUCUCAAAGAGAUCAGUCUUUGAUGAGGACAGCAAGCGGUUGGAAAAUGUUGGUGAUAAAUAUGAACCCAAACCCUUCACUGCAACCCCACGCACCAGUAGGGUUGGAAGUCUGUUACCAAGCCCACCUGUUGUGAGUGUGCAGGUCCCUCGCCUGCCCACCACCCCACCAGCAGUGCCCUCUGCAACACCUAUAAGUAGCCUGCCAGGUGUCAGACUUUCCAGUCAACAAUCUCAACAACCUCUUACUUCAAGUCCUUCUCAAGUUCCUAGGGUGUGUGUUUCUGUGCCGCAGGUCAGUAAAUCUCAGGGAUUGUCACCGUUGCAUAGACCUGCGGUUUCUCAGGCAGUAAGACCACCUGCCUCAAGCCCUGGCUUUAGCCCCGGUGUCAGCCCUGGAGUAAGUCCUGCCCAUCCACCGCACUUAUCUCCAGUUACGCCUGUAAGUCCUGCACCACCCCUCACCACCACCUCUUCCAUUGCCACCACCACAAGUACUACCUCAGCUGCCACUCCUCUUAGACGUACCUCUGUACCACCACGCACAGUGCGUUUAGAGUUACCAGUCAGCACAGGCAAUGAAGGUGAGGAGUUAGGGGAUGGCAGUUCAAGUGGAGUAGUUACUGUUGUUGCUGAUACUCGUGUUACAGGUGUAGUGUCAGUCACACAGACAGUCUCCUGCAGCAAGUCUGUAUUAACAACUACUACCAGCCUCUUACAACCGGUGCCCAGUGCUGUUUCACGGUCACUUUCAGGAGAUUCUGCUCCUUACAAUGUACCUGAGAGGAGUGGCAGUCAUGCACUCCCACUGUUAGUAAAGGAAGAGCCUUGUGUGGAAGAGACUGUGGAUCCUAUUAUACAGAGAAUUAAGAGUGGAGAACCCAGAUUAGAUGAAGCUAAAGCCAAAGAUUGUACUAGGGAAGAUAGUGAUAAUAUGGACACUAUUGAAUCGCUUGCAACAGAUCAGGUUAAAGCACAGGUACCUAACUUUAAAACAGAGUCUGUGAAGGUAGAGACAGUGAAGACUGAAACAGUGAAGUUAGAACCGUUAAAAUCUGAGACUAUAAAGUUGGAACCUAUCAAGGUUGAAAAUGUGAAAGUGGAGGUGAUAAAGGGUGAGCCAGUGAAUAAGGAGGUAACUAAUAACCACAAACGAAGACAUAGCAGUGUUGAUGCAGAAACUCGAAAUAAGUUAGACUGCAAAGGUGUUGAGCCUGAUGCUAAACGUGUCAAGUAUGAAGGUGAGGAUGAAAAAGUCUUACGUGAGAAAAUCACCAAAGAUAGGAGAGAUUCUCGGGAUGCAAGGGAUGGUAAAAAGAGUGAAAGAGAAAAGAGAAACAGAAGUGGUAGAAGGGAAGAAGUGAGGGAAGGGCAUGAUGAAAAGUUGAACAAUCGCACAUUUGAUGGAUCAGAAACAAAACAAAAGAGAAAGACUCAUGAAAAUAGAUCAGAGGAGAGAAAAGAGGAAAGCCACAAGAAGGAAGAAAAGAAAGACAGGCGGAAAGAAAAGUACGAAGAAAGACCCCCAGAAAAAAUACCACGGGAAAAGUUUCAUGACAUCAAGGUGGAUACUAAGAGUUCAGAAAAGGUCAGUGAUAGGAGAACCGAUGAAAGAAAAGAAGAAAGAAGGGAGGAGAAGAAGGAGGAAAAGAAAGAGGAAAAACGUGAAGAGAAGAAAGAAGAAAAAUAUGAUGAGAAGAAAGAAGAAAGAAAAGAAGAUAAGAAGGAAGAAAGAAAAGAAAAUAUUCGUGAGGAGAGAAUCAAGAGUGAAGGUGAGAAGCGGAGGCAUGGUGAAGACAAGAGAGUUGAAACAAGGGACCAGAAACAUAAAGAAAGGAAGGAAAAAUCCAAAGACAAAGAACGUCUUAAAAGUUCCACAUUCUCCAGACAUGAUAAAGAGGUGGAAAGAGAGAGAACUAAAGAUAAAGAGAGAGAAAAAGAAAAAGAACGCGAAAAAGAAAAGGUGACAGACAAAGACAAAGACAAGAAUGUGGACAGAGAGAGAGAGAAAACUGUUGAGAGAGAACUAGAGAAGGAGAGAGAAAAGAUGUUAGAAAAAGAAAAAGCUCUUGAAAAAGAAAAGGAAAAAUCAGCAGAAAAGGACAGAGAAAAAGUGUUAGAAAAAGAGCGGGACAGGGAGAAGGACAGAGACAAAGUUAGAGUGAAUGAUCGUUCACGAGAGCGAGAGAAGGAACGCAGUGGGCGCAUGAAUCACAGGGAUACUAAUGAAAGAAUUGAUAAUAAGCGUGAUGGGCGGCACAACAGUGAACAUCGUCACAUGGAUAAGAGAAAAGAUUUGAGACACGAAACCUCAAGCAGACACCACCACAGAGCAUACGAUGCUUCAGAGACAGUUGACAUGAAGCAUAAGUCCCGGAAGUCCCGGCCUCUGGACACUGAUGAGGAAGAAGUUACAGAAUCAAACAAACUGGUUUCUGCUCACUAUUCUAGUAGUGAUGACACAACACUAACUAAUCAUGAUGUUGUUUUACCACAAAUGGAUGAAUCAGUUCAUCGUUUGGAUAAAUCAGAGUCCCGAGGAGAGCUUGAUGAGAGGAGGUCACGUGACAACCGAAGAAGGAAGCAUGACUCAGGCAAAAGUGAUAAGAGUGAUGGAGAAACAAAAUUAAAGGUGUCGUCGAGCCGCAACAAAACUGUUCCAUCACAACCUGCAAAGAUCAAAGUUCGUACAGAUUCGGUUGAACCAGAUACACAAAUUAGUGACAUUGCAACCUCAGAAGAUGAAGUAACGAGACAUAAAGGUGAAAAUAUGUCUAGACGAAAUAGUACAAGUAGUAAACUACCCCAACAGCAAAUAAGACCAGGAGUUACAUCUGGUAUGAAAAACAAACAUAAUGUAAAACCAAAGUCCAUAUUUGACCCAGAGAGUGAUACUGCAGAUAGUUUGACUGGUUCAGGUGGUGAGGUGGAAGAGGGAGAAGAGGUUGUUCCCAAAAAGCAUUCAAUAUUUGACAUUCCUGCUGAUGACGGUAUGUUUGACAUGUAUGACAAAGUUAAAGCAAGGCGGCUAAAAGUCCAGCAGAAACAAGAGGAAGAUCGAAGACAGCAAGAACUUAAACAGAUGCAGAUGCAGAAGUACCGACAACAUCAGCGUGCAAGGAAGGAGAAGAAGGCAGUACAUCCAAUGCAUUCAGACAUAUCAGACUCUGAGGAGGAGGAGGAGGAAGAGAAUAUGCGUGGCCAGAAACGUGUACAUAAUCAGCAUACAAGUUCUGAUGAUGAUCCAUUUCGUAAGCGACGUCCAACACAGUUAUCCACUGAUGAAACAGAUGAUGAUAUUUGUCUUCGUCAAGAUAAGAAGAAGAUCGCAGCAGUGCUUGGUAACAAGAAGGAACAGAAACAUAAAGUUAAGAAUAUGAUAGUCUCAGAUGUCACUACAGAUGAAGAAGUUGUUGUUAAUAUGCCCAGAUUUCCAUCUGGAAGACCAAAUAGAAUUUCAGACAAUACUGAACCUUCUGAUGCAAUCAGAAGUCGUGGUGAUCAUAUUUACACAGAUUCUGAUACAGAAGGUGAAGUGACACCUAGAAUACCUAGUAAGCCACUAAGGGAGAUAGAAUCAGACAGUGAAGUUUCAGAUGUUCCAUCUCAUGCUAAGCCACCAAAACCAUCAGCAAGAGUGAAAGCACGUGACAAAGAAAGAAAGGUUGGCCGGAACAGAGAAAAGACAAAGCCUUGUGUGAGCAAAGAACUUAUAAGCACAUCAGAAGACAGCGAUGGUGCAGUACCAUCAGAAGAUUCAAGGUCUGUCAGACCAAAAGCAAAGGCAGAUCCAGUUGAAGUAAGGCCAGAAAAACCUAUUACACAACCACAGCGAGAACGAAAACGAACAGGUGACACUGGUAUUGUAAGGGAAAAAGUCCCCUCAAAAAAGGAUGAACGAAUGGAAGCCAUCUUUGGUCUCAUAUCAGAUGAUUCUGAUCCAACACCCCCAACACCAAGACCAAGACCUGCUUCAGCUACGGCAAGGCGAAAAGGAUCGGCUUCUUCAGGUGCCUCCACUGCUCCUCCAUCACUAUCUCCAGCACCAACCAGAUUAUCUGUGUGUGAGGUAUAUGACACUGAUUCUGAUGAUACUCAAAUGUCACCCGUUUCAAAUCCUGCAAGACCUGGGCAUGUCUCCACUAAGUCAAUUCAACAGGAUAGUUCAUGGAUAGAGCAGAAAACUGAGAAUAAGAUUGACACUAAACUAAAGUCAGAGUACAGAAAUGAGGAAAGAAGAAGUGUGAAGAAAGAGCGAUUAAAGCGUGACUCUCUUCCUCCUCCAGAGAUGGUUAGACCUGUUUCAGAUUCUGGCAAAGGUAGCAGCAGUAGCAGUACAAGUACCAGCAAUACUAUGAGCACCAAUAGUAGUGCAAAUAGUAGCAGCUCUGCAGAGGAAGUUGUUCAGUCUGAGCUUCUCCCAAUCACAGAAGUGAUUAAAGAGGAAAAUGAAUCUCAUGAUUCAGAAGCCAGUGCUCCUGUAGAUGUAUUUCGGUUUACUGAUGAAGAUGCAGGUGAAAGAGAUACCAGAAAGGACAAGAAGAAGAAGAAGAAGCAUAGGGAGAAGGAAGGCAGCCGUGGAAGGCGUCACCAUCGACACACUAGUGAGGAACAGUAUGCUGGAGAUCAGCAAAGUGAUCGUCAUAACAUUGAACAUUCAUCCAUGUUGUUGAUUGAUACAGCAUCUCCACAAAGUCCUAAUAGUGCAUCAUCAUCAAGCAUGCUAAGCCCUAAGGAAAAAUUACCUCGACCAACACAAACUCCCAACAUGCCACAUAGCCCAAGGGUUGUUGCACCACCAGCUGGGUCAGUUUGUAACUCAACUCAUGCACCACAUAGUCCUCCUGAAGCAAUCUCUAUGAAAAGUCCAUCCACACGAACCUUAUCAUGUGAUUCACAAGAUUCUGUUGGGUCACGUGACAGUAAAGAAUUAUUAGAAGUAAAGGACAGCAGAAGCCCUCAUCCUCUAUCUACCCUUCCUCCAGAUGCAGCAGAAUCUGCUGUGCAGAGUCUUGCAUCUCAUGUCCCUCCAUCAUCUCCUGCAGGACAUGAACCCAUAUUUGAAGAUAUUACCGAAGCCUCUAAUCUUAGUGCGCCAGAAAAUUCUGUAGAUGUCACUGCUGGAAAUAAUGGGAAUGGCAGUGCUAAGGCUUCGAGAGCAGUUAUUUCUCAGGAGGAAACUUUGAAUGCUGUUGCUGGACUUCUCGCUUGUUAUGAUGACUACAGCGAAGAUGCCAGUGUACAGCCCACUGAUGAGGAAACAUUGAUGCCACCAGAUGCUUCUGUGGCUGCAGAAGAUGCAUUUGAAGAAGCACAAAAAGCAGCACAGAUGUUACAGUGUGAGAUGCCAGGUGAAAGAGAUGAUGCAUGGCCCCAACAGACUCCCCAUAGUACACCUACAGCUUCAACAAAAGUUUCUGGGGAAAGUGAAACUCAGCCAGUACCAACACAAGAAGAGGAAGAGGAGGAGGAACCAGAUAAUGUGGAGUCAAGAUUUCCUCAAGCGCCCCCUGAUAGUCCAGCGUCAAUGCAGUCAGAGCCAGAACUACAAAUUGAUGAAGACCAGCCAGAUCCAGUGGAUGAUAUGGAAGGUCCACCUGCACCUCCAGAACAGAAAGAAUCAUGUCCAUCAGGCCAUGAUACUACCUGGACAGAAUCAGUGGAAAAGACUAGCAAACCACAGGAAACAUCAGCUAAGUUGAUAACUGAAGGAGAUGAUCACAAGGAAUCUGCAUUCAAACAGGAAAAAGUUGUACAAGAAAGAAAGGAAGAAAUUAAGAAUUCCUCACAGGCCAGCGAUGAGAAGGUGAAGUUCAUAUUUGAUGAAGAAAAGGAUGGCUUACCUCAUGAGACAAUAACUAAAUCAAAUCAGUCACAAUCUGUAAUUGAAGAUGCUCCCAAAACACCAGAAUCCAUAAAAUCUUCUGCAACACUCAAGGAUUGUCUUGAUUCCACUAGUGAAAUGGCUGAAACCCUACAAAAAUCCUCAGAUGUGUCACUGAGUCCUCUUACAACCUCAGCAAAUUCAGGAUCUGUUCAGUCCAAGGCAAAGAGACCAAAGAGUCCUGUGAGUGUGCAGCCUAAUGCUGAACCAGACAAAUCAGAAAUCUGUACUCCCAAAACAAUCCAGCCAGAUGUGAUUACUCCAGCAAGCACCAUUCCGACAACUUCAGUACUUCACUCUACAAAUGUACCAAGUACUUUGCAAAGCAUCUCGACUGUAGCGCCAACCUCUACUACUGCUACCACCCCUUCAUCUGUGGUUUUACCAACAACGUUACAUUCUCCAGUUUCCUCAGGUCCUAUGCAACCAUUGACAUCAAGAACUACUACAGUAUCUAUCCCCUCAUCUACAGUAUCUAUCCCCUCAUCAGUUGCUACAACAACAACUGAGUCUAAACCUAGAACAGCUUGUACAAUAGUGCCCACAACAACUGUAUCUUCUACAGUUGUUUCUCUAAGUUCUGCUUUAAGUACCUCUGCAACAUCAACAGUAGUGUCUUCAAAAAUAUCAUCUACCAUUCCCACCACAGCUACAAGUACUGUUUCCACAGCUGUCUUUACUCAGACAUUGCAAAAACCUGUAGGAGCAAUUCCCACUACAGCAUUGAUAUCAAGUACCACAUUGGCUCCAGUAUCAACAAAUACAACGGCAAAUGCAGUAAUUGGUCCACUUCCUGUGAAGACAACAGUUGCAGUACCUACAAACAUAAUGGCAGUAAAUCCUGUGAAGGUUCCUUCUCCAGAAACUAUCUCCAGUCUCGAAACUUUACCAAAACCAACAACGGCAGUUUCAUCAAUCCCAUUGUCUGCAUCUGUCCGUAUUGCUAAAACAAGAUCCAGAGUUCCUCAGGAACCUGCUUUUGCACCAGAGCAACCUUUAGUAUUAGUCUCCACUGCAACAUCUAAUUCAGACCCAGUUUCAUCUCUAGGAUCAACAUCAGUGCCCACUUCUACAACUUUGUCAAGUUCUCCACUGUAUUCUAGUCCAUCUGCAGGCUCCACAACUACAUCAUUGCCCAUUUCAGCACCAGCACCAGCACCAGUGAAAACGCUAAUAUCUGCUAAAACAGUUCCAACAACAAGUACAUUUACUGCGGCACCAAUAUCCACCAUAUCCUCCUUGUCUGUGUCGGAACCAUCCACUCUGAUAAAAACUGCUUCAGAGUCUUUUUCAACUGCAACAUCAGCACCCACUUAUUCAGAUCCUUCACCAUCUCUAGCAACUACUACAUCAUUGUCCUCUUCUGAUUCCAAUACACUAGUGACUACUGUGAUCACUUGUAGUUCACCAAGUGUUCUGUCAACUGCAACAGCAACCAUGUUCUCGACAGCUUUGUCUCCAACUGUAUCAGCUGUCAUCUCGCCUGCAUCCAAUUUAAGUUUGUUACCUAGUCCACAAACAGUUAGCUCAUCCCAACCAAGUACUUCAAAUACAAAGACCAGUACUCUCCCUGCUCCUACUUCUGUACCUGUACCCAUAUCAGGACCUGUUCCAACUUCUGUUCCUAUUCCUGCUGCUGAACCAAGGACUGCAACAGAACCAAUAGAGAUCAUAGAUACAAAGCUGGACAUAGAUAAAACCAUCAAGGAGGAAAAUUCCUCUGGGACGUGGAAGACUUUGUCUAUAAUGCAUAAUGAUUCUUCAUCCCUGAAAUCUACUGUCCUUUCAGAAAACAAUGUUGAUACAGACUGCAAGCCCGAUAUUAAGAAUCUGAAUGUUAAAUUGGAACCAGCAAUGACAGUUGGUGAUCUUUCACACAAACACAAACAAAGAUCAGAAGUAAUUUCUGUAGUUGAUAGAAUAGCUACAGCAGAAGCAGUCAAAAUUGAAACUGGGAAGAAUAAUCCAGUGGCAGUUGAGCAUGUUUUAGCAAAUCUUCAGACCAUUGUCAGUGAAACAGCUACACAACCUGACAUAGAGAAUGCUUCCCAGCCUGACAAAGAAGAAGCUUCUUUGCCACAGCAGCCAGUCCUAAUUUCACAAUCAUCCUCCACCAAGGACCCUGGCUCUACACCUCAGCAACCACAGGAUGACUUGGCUAAAUUAGAGCAAGUGUGUUCAGAGAUUCAAAAUCAAGCAGAAGAGCAAAGUCUUGAUCAAAAGCCCAUAUCCGAUGAAACAGCUGAAAAUAGUUCAAAAGUACAAGAACGUAAUACUGCUGCUAUCCGAGGUAGAGGAAGGGGUCGUGGCAGAAGAGGUGGAAGAAGAACAGCAGAUGUGCAAGAGGAAGAUGGCUCUGGUAAUGCCACACCAACAACGCGCUCUAGUGGAGUAACACGAGGCAAGGGCCGAGGUCGAGGCCGACAAGCACGUACUAGUGAGAGUCAGCAAGAUACAGUUGUGGUUGAUUUGGCAUCAAAUGGUACAACUACAGAUAAUGCAUUACCUGAACCCAGACGUAGCAGUCGUAUGAAACGUGCUCGUAGGCAUCCUGAUAUG